AUGUUGCUUCAACGAUCUUAUCUCUUCGAAACACCGGUUAAGAUUCUUUCCAAUCGCCUUCCAACUAAGCCAAUGGACUCAGAGCGGUCCGCUGUUGCCCCUCCAGCUCCAUGGUAUUCGGCCUAUCCCGCACCAAGGAGCGACACUCCCAAUAAAAUCACAUCCGGAGAAGUCCUGGAGCUAUUAAACGGAGUGGACGUUUCAGGAGCGCAGGAUUUUGUAUUGAUCGAUGUCCGACGGAACGACUAUGAGGGAGGAUCCAUACGUGGCUCUAUAAAUAUACCUGCGCAGAGUUUCUAUACCACAAUUCCAUCAUGGUACGCAUUGUUCAAAGCCGCUGGAGUGAAAAGGGCGAUUUGGUAUUGCAAUUCAAGCCGAGGGAGAGGCACGAGAUCUGCAUUAUGGUUCCAAGACUAUAUAGAUGACAAUAAUGACGCUGAGCUUAAGACUAUGAUUUUAGUCGACGGAAUCAAAGGGUGGGCAACUAGCGGGGAUGAGUAUGUUGAGAGAAUGGAUGAAUACGUGGAGGGUUACUGGAAGUCAAAAAUAGGCACUGCACAGAUUGAAAUUGUGGAUAAGAAGGAAUAUUUCUGUGUCGAUUAA